AUGUCCCCUAUUCAGGUCAAAAAGUGGGUUUUAAAAACGCUGCCAGAACCUGGUCUCCCCUUCGACCUUUCUCAAGACAGCGAAAAAUCAACUUUCCAACUAGUGAAACAGGAGUUGUCGUCUUCAGAUCUCAAGGAUGGUGAAUUUUUGUCUGAAACUUUAUAUCUAUCCAACGAUCCAGCGCAGAAAUUCUGGAUAGCAUCUAUUGACAAAAACUAUAGCAGCGGGGUACAGCCAGGUGAUGUAAUUCCAGCGCGUGGGAUAGCUAGGGUUAUUGCUUCUAAGAACCCACAAUUCUCUGUUGGCGCCUUUGUAACGGGUCUUACUGGAUGGGCGACACAUUGUAUUGCGAACUCCGAAUCGCAAUUUAGAACUAUCGACGCCACAAAGGUCGACGAGCUUUGGUGGUAUUUGUCUGUGUUAGGUUCUACAGCUUUAACUGCCUACUUCAUUUUCUACAAGUACGCAGGAUUGCAAGAGAGAGAAGAGGAUUAUGGUAAGACUUUUUUGAUUUCUGGCGCCGCUGGCGCUGUGGGAACAGUUUCCGUCCAGCUUGCCCUCCAUGUCUUCAAGGCCUCUAGAGUCAUUGCCAUUGCUGGUGGUCCUGAAAAGGUGAAGUAUUUGAAGUCAUUCAGUGACAAAGUCACUGUCGUUGACUAUAAGAAAGAAUCUUUUAGAGAUGAUCUUUUGAAAGCCGCUGGUGGCCCCAAUACCGUGGACUUUUUUAUUGAUAAUGUUGGAGGAGAAAUUCUGGACCUGGGAACUGUACUCUUGAAGCAAAGAGGUACCAUCCUUGCGUGUGGCUCUAUUAGUGGUUACAACGACCCCAGCAAGUUUGUCUACAAGGCAUAUGGUGCUGUCAUUACCAAGCGAUUGACAAUCAAAGGUCUUUUGGUGACUGACAACAUAUCCGAGUUCCCCACCGCAUGGAAGAAAUUAGCGGCUUUAGUGAAAGAAGGCUACAUUGAUGUCACCAAGUCAGCAACUAUCAAGAAAGCGGAGGGCGACGACUUUAAGCUUGUUCCACAAAUUUGGAAUGGUCUUUUUAGCGGAAUCAAUAAAGGUAAGUUGAUCACACAGGUGAAAGAGGCUUAG